AUCAAUCAAUAAAAAUCUAAUCUACCCUAGUCUACAGUUUAAAAGAAAAGAAAUGUCGAUGGUUGGUCGAUGAUUUUUCUUGGAGCUGUUCUGCUCGGUCAGCGAUGCGUUGCCAUAGUAACAGAUGAGGAGAAUCAGCUGGGCCGAAGAGAAAAACAUCAGUAAAAGAGAAAGUUUAAUGUCGUCAAGUGUCUGGAUAUCUCAGAAACAACAGAGAGUGGAGAGGAGGUGAGAAGACGUUUUCAGAGUGACUUUCAGAGUGAGAGGAGUCCAGAAAACACCAGCAAAGGUUCGUACAUUUCUGCUCCGGAAUACUAACGAGAUGUCGGAGGAUCAAAAAGCAGAACACGGGAGGAACAGUGUGCUGUUUGAGCUGCAGAAGAAAAAACGGGAGCUGGAGGAGGCCAAAAGGAAGAAGAAGGAGCUCCAAGAGGAACUGGAGAGUUUUCCACAGCGCGAGGCAGAGCUGCUGAAGAAAAUCGAGGAAGUGCGCAACUUACGCUUGACUCCAAGGAUGGUUUUCAAGAGUGAAGAAGUUGAUCGACUUGUGGAGAAAGUGGAGAAAACGCAGAGAGAGGUGCUUCAGAAACAGGCUCAGGUUGAGAAGCUAAAGGAGAAAGCUGCUCAGAUGACUGAGAGGAAACAGGAACUGCAGCGUGAGGUGGACAGAUACUCAGUGUACAAAGACUUCCUGGACAAGGCGGUCAAAUUUACUCAGUUUGAAGACACCAAUGCGAUGGUGAAUCACUUUGAGAAGCUCCUCUACUUCAGACAGAGGCUCUAUGAGAAGGAGACAAAGAUGCAGGAGAAGCAGAGCCAGCAGAGGAAGACUCUGCAGGAGCUGGAGGAGCGGCGCCAAUUCCUGUUGAUGCAGCACAACAACCAGAUGUCCGAGCUGCAGGCCGAGCUGGACAGAACCCGCUUCGAAGUCAACACCUGGGAGAGCAAGUGGAACCACAUCCAGGAAACGGCGGCAAAGAAGACGCUGGAGCUGUCACGGGUCAGGAUGGCCACGCUGAACAUGUACGAGAAAACGGGCGGGAGGGUCGGAGGAGCGGACGGCGUGGACAUGCAAGACACCGAGAAACAGCUGGAUGAGAUCAAAAUGUUCAUCGUGAAACACAAAGAAAUCCUGAAAGAAUACCAGAACAUCUUAAGAAAGGACGAGGAGAACAAACAGGAGAGGACCAGAAAGCCCGUCAGAGAGAAAGGAAAGGAAAAAUAAAGUGUUUCACUUGGUUUAAAA